AUUUGGUCACACUUCAGAUAUAAUAUUGAUUCCCCUGUCAUAGCGGAACCUGAAAUUCUUUAUUUUAUAUGCAAAUCGCUUAGAAAUUUGCUAAAUUAUUAUAAGAGAGAGGUAGCAUAACAAGAUUAUUGCCUGCCGGACGACCAAGUCCUAGUCCGGGAUAUCAUAGAAUUUAGCAAGAGCAUACAAAAACAAUCGGCAAGACGACGACAACGAGGGCAGCUAGCCACGGACACAGAGGCGGAAAAUGGUGGACGCUGCCAGGCAAAUGCUCGAUGAGCUAAUGGGACGCAAUCGAAAUCUGCAUCCUUCAGAAGCAGGACUUAAAGUUAAUUGGGAGGAUCCCGAGUUCUGUCAAUUUUACAAUGUGAAAUUUUGCCCCCACGAUCUAUUCAUCAACACACGCGCUGAUCUCGGUCCCUGCACUCGCAUCCAUGACGAAGAGGCCAAACAAUUAUACGAGGAAGCUCGCCCAUCACAACGGAAACGUCAAUACGAAGAUGAAUUCCUACGCUUCUGCAAUGUGAUGCUACACGAUGUGGACAGAAAGAUUCAGAAGGGCAAACAACGUUUGCAACUUAUGCAGCGUGAUCAACCAUCAACACCUUCACCUAUGCUCCUGGCGGCCAAGCAACAGGAACAACUCCAGAGUCUUCAGGCGCGCAUUAACAAACUUCUUGGCGAGGCCGAGGAGGCGGGCAUACGGGGAGAUGUUGAUCAGGCGCAGGAUCUUAUGACACUCUGCGAUGAACUCAAGGAGGAGAAAGAGCAACUGCAGCAGCAAUAUGAGUCCAAUGCCAAGUUAAAGCUAAAUCCAUCACCACUUCAAUCACCAGUCAAUAGUCAGCCAAGUCCAAGUCAAAUGGAUGAGACGGAUACACCUGAAUCUGGGACAGAAGAUGCCCUAAAUGCUGCAGCCAUAGCCACAGAGUCAGUGGAUAGUACAGAGGCAAACUCUUCAAGAACCUCACCAGAUGGCACGGUGGCGACCACAACAACAACAUCAGCAUCAACAGAUGCCACCAAUAAAACGCAAGCCAAUUGGUCACAUGAAACGCUACCCGAGAAGCAAAUGAAGGUGUGCGAAAUAUGUGGAGCGUUUCUAAUUGUUGGCGAUGCCCAGCAACGUAUCGAGGAUCAUUUAAUGGGUAAACAGCAUUUGGGUUAUUCCAAAUUGCGUAAUGCCGUCAAUGAAAUUAAUGAACGACGUCAAAAAGAACGCGAAGAAGAUGAACGAAGACGUCGCGAGGAUCGGGUCCAACGUUUCCAUUCAUCCUCCUCGUCCUACGACAAUAGACGCGAACAACGUGAUUAUCGUGAGCGCAGCCGCGACUACAUUCAGAAUCGUCAACCAUCGGAUAGACGUCACCAUCAUCAUAAGUCGUCGUCAUCCCAUCAUGGUCAUUCGUAUUCGCGAACCAGCAGCAGCAGCAAUCGGAGCAGCAGUAGUCGCCAUCAUAACCAUUACCGACACGAUAGUCGGGAUCGGCAUUGUCGUAGUCGGAGUAGAAGUCGCUAUUAAAACCCAAAAUCAAAGAUUCAUAAACAGAAACAAAAGCAAAGAAAAAGAAACAAACAGAAUAAAAACAAGCGAAAAGCAAAUAACACUGAAAAUCAUAGAAAACGAAAAUAUUAAUAUGAUUAAGAUGAAAGUCUACAUACAUAUGUAUAUGUAUAUCCAUAUAUAUAUAUAUAUAUAUAUAUAUAUAUAUAAAUGAUAUGAAAGGAAAACCAGAUAUAAUACCAUCAGAACAAAACCAAAUGCUUAUUAACAAAUUGUUUUUUAAAAAACCAACAAUCCAUGAGAAAGUGUGCACUUUGCCCAAUCCUUGCUACACUGCAGCUACACAACAUUACCAUCACACAACAGGACAGACAUCCCGGCAGCUCUAACUACAACUAAUCGAUCGAUCGAGCGUCAAGCCCGUGCAACAACGAGGUACUCCAAAACAAAAAAAAAAAACAAUAAUUAACCAAAAAACAUUUCAAUAAUAUGUCUAAAAGCAGGCAAAAAAAAAAAAAAACAGCAAUCAUUAAGAAAAGUCACAUCUAUAUAAAGUUUGUGAACUUUCUUCCAUGAAUAUACAAUAACCAAAUGUCACAAGAAACUAUUGUUGUCCUGGGAUCGGCGGUAGCACUGGAAUUUAUGUGUGGAUUGAUGAUGCUAGAGACUCCAGAGAAAGAAGAGAAGAUAAUGAUAAUGUUGACGAAAGGUUAUGGAUGAUGAUAAAAGGAGGAAGCAAAAUAUAAAAAAAGAUAUUUAAGAAAAGAAGAAGAUCUUGCCUACCAUCAGGUAACUUCUUAUGCCAUCUACCUACCUACCCUACUACUGCCCCGCCCCCUUUCCCACAGUAAUGUUUCUUCACGACAGACAGAGAAAAGAAUAAUAAUAUUAUAAUAUAACGGCACUAUUCACAAAUUCACCACUACCACCACAACCACAACGACCAUCAUCGACGGCGCAGUUAAGACAGGCGUGUGAAUAUUGGGCGAGGGAUUGAUUGGGAAUAGAAAUGGGCAUAAAUGGGGGAGUAAGCGUGUUCGGUGACGGUUUUACAAGUUUCUGCUAUAUCAUCAACAUACAUAGUCAUCCCAACAACAGCAAGAACUCAUACACACACACACACACACACUCAUAGAACAACAACAACAACAAAAAGAAGAAAACACACCCCAAACAUUCACGUGGAAAGUGUUGUAUGGCAUCUGAGAUGAUACAAGGUGAAUUUCAUUUUGUCCCUCUUUGUCAAUCUUUAUCUCUAGCUAUCUCAGUCUAACAAAUUAAAAAUGAUCAAUCUAUAUACAUAUAUUAUUGUAUAUAUAAUGAUAUUCUUUACUAAAUUUCUGCCUGUCUUCAAGCAAAAGAACCAAACUUAUAAAAAUUGUUAUUUACUCUAUCGACUUCAGUUUUGAUUUUUGAUUAUCAUUAUCAUUAUCAAAAAUAUCCUACACAAAUGUCGUAUAUAUAUAUAUGUAUAUAUAUAGAUAUAUAUAUUUAUUAAUACUUAAUGAAUAAAGUUAUUUAAUGCCCUUAA